AUGGACACCCUCGUGGGCCAACUGGUGGAGAUUGUUGGCAUCACCAGGGGUCUCAAAGUCUUUGAUGAGCGCGAGCAGAAAGAGACUGAAGAGCUGGUUCAGUUGGACGAUGACGAUGAAGAGGAGGAGACCAUGGCGCCUUCCUUCAGUUCCUGUGGCUCCUGCAUGUCAUGGCUUCAAGAUCGUGAGCUUUACGUCGUGAAGACCUUCGGAGGUCACGUCGUCACGGUGCCCGAAGCCAACUUGCAGCAAUGGUCUCCGCCACCAGCCGAAGAAGGUGGCUUUGACGUUGCAUGGCCUUUGGACCGAAGCCGGACAGGGAAAGCCAUGCGUUUCGCAGAUAGUGUGGUAGGCGCACUGGCUGAGAAGGGCUAUUGCGUGAUUCAAACCUUCAUGACAAAGAGGCAGAGAGCCGAUGCGUGGCACAGUGGACAGGAACAAGAGAGGUAUUUCUUCCGGAUGAAGCAGGAGGUCGAGAGUGGAUACAUGGGCUUCGAUUCCAACAACAAGAUUGCUUGGCUCCAAGAGCGCCGGGAGGAACAGUCGAACCCGGAUGGCCUGAGCUAUCCAGAGGAUGAGGAGCUCGACAACAAGGCCUUUGAAGAGAGUCAGUUGCUGUUUAGGGAUCUUGCCACUGACAUCGCGCCCAUGACGCCGGCCAUUGGCGUGACCUUUAGCUACAUCAUGAAUCCAUUUUUGAGGAUGUCAAUGACCAGGAACGAAGAGGAAGACUACCUUCCUGAGUCUGUCAGAGACAUGAUGCAGGAGGAAGGAUCAGGUUGGUCAGGGCCUCUUCAGGAAUACAUUUUCUUCGCGAAAAGGCGAAGGUUGGGCUUGCUUCACAUGAUUGAAAACAAGGGAGGAGAGAUCUGGUUCUAUCCCAAGGAUGGGUCGUACUUGCCCGGCGCACGGCGGAGUAUGAAGAUCCCUGCCACACAGAACAAGAUUCUCAUUUUCCGGCACGACAUCAUGGACUAUUCGUACCAAGCCCUGGGUCGCAGCCUUGCACUCCAAACCUGGCUGAUGCAAGAAACGGGGAAGUCUCCAGCCAUCAAAGAAAUGAUGGUGAAUCUGGGCCAGCUGGGCGAUUCUGGUCAAGUCGUUUGCAAUCCCGGACCGGAAGUUCCAGAUGGUCCGAAGGCGUCCAUCAUGUCAUUGACGACGCGGCUGCCUGGUGAGGCUUGGUCUCCGGCGCAGUAUUGGUGCAUGUUUUGCUCCGGUACAGAUACUUGUACCCAGUGGCCCUAUACACGCUGGGAGACAGAGCCCUACUAUGAGGAGGGAGCAGAUGCAAUUGCCACUGGAAAGUCAUACACUUGCCAUGGUGGUUUCGUGAGUCAAGAUCAGAUCACUCAGUUUGACAACGUCUUCUUCGGCAUAGAUGAGACCGAGGCAAGAUCCAUGAUUCCAGGGCAGAAGAUGUCAUUGGAGGUGGGUUAUGAAUGUCUGGUUAGCUCCGGAUUUAGCAGCAAAACUCUCAAAGGCCGGCGCAUGGGCCUUUGGUUUGGAGAUGUUGGUCCUGAUUGGCAUUCGUUCCAGACUGAAUGGGCCAGAUUCUGCCCAGAUGUUUGUCCCACCACCAUGGGUCUUAGCAUGAGCUGUGCCACCACGGCUGCACGGAUUGCCCACCAAUUCGACAUCCGUGGCCCGGUCUCCUCCUACGACACCGCUUGCUCUGCUUCCUUGGUGGCCAUGAAUCCGGACAACGCAGAGGCCUUGGUGGUGGGUGUGAACACCCUGUUGGGACCGGGAAGUUUCAUCGGGAAUUGCAUGGCUACAAUGCUUUCCCACCAGGGAAGAAGCUUUACCUUCAACCGUUCAGCAGAUGGAUACCAGCGAGGAGAAGGCUGCGGUGCGGUUUUUGUGAAGAUGUACCAAGGAGACAAACAGGACGAAGAGGACCGGGUUUGCGCGUUGAUUGGAACGGCCACGAACCAAGAUGGAAGAAGUGCCAGCUUGACGGCCCCCAACGGCCCGGCACAGCAGCAGGUCAUCAAGAAGUCCAUGCGCUUUGCCGGGAUCAAUCCCAACACCGUUUCGAUUGCCGAGUGCCACGGCACCGGCACUGCGCUGGGGGAUCCCAUUGAGGUCGGUGCGCUGAUGGCGGUGAUGCAUGAGCGGAAGGUGCCAAUCCUAAAGACCAGUGCUAAGAGUAACAUCGCACACUUGGAAGCUGGUGCAGGCAUUGCUGGACUCACCAAAUGCAUCAUGAUGAUCAACAUGGGCACGGCGCCUCCCAAUUGCCAUUUUAACCUCAUCAACCCGCACCUGACGAUUGAGGGCUAUCCAGUGUACUUUGACACCGAGGAUGAGAACACCUGGGAUACCUCAUGCUGGAUUUGUGUGGACAUCGACGUGGGUCUCAGCAGUUUGUACUGCGGGGUGAGUUCCUUCGGCUUCGGUGGAACCAACAGCCGCGCCGAUGUCUACGGAUGGGCCUCCAAGGGCCACAAGGCAGCAGUGAAGGCCAACUUGCCAUCGCACUCCUUGCCGAGGGCUUUGCACAUGGGCCAAAAACUUUAUGUCAGUGGAUCCUGGGACAAUUUUUCGAGCCACAAAGUCAUGGACGGUGGAAGGGAUGGAAGAUACUCCGUGGUGGUCCGGGUGGACGAGAGUUGCUGUGCUGAGUUCCAGCUAAGCUGCUCCCAGGACCACAAGGAGAUCAUUCAUCCUUUGGUGCCGAAGGCCGACAGCAGCGAGCAGGUGGUCGGCCCAGACUAUGCGGGGAAAGGCCUGAACUUCUUCAUUGAUGGCAAGAAGGAUGGCGUGGACCCUGGGCAGUUCUACAAGAUUGACUUUGAGUGGGGUGAUGACAAGAAGACCAUAUCGUGGAAGCCAACAGACUCUGAUCCAUCGGAAAUGGUUGAAAUGGCCCUCGAUGAUGAGAUGUGA